AUGAAUUUCUAUCACGAUCCCGAACGAGGAGUGGCGAUUUGUAUUCGUUGUCAGACCGGUAUGGUGCCUGACGGCAAGAUUCCCUUCAAGAAUCAUCUUCGCGAGUCUCCUCAUCAUCUCAAGGGAGAGGCGUUCAAGGCGACCUGUGCCUAUCUCGAUCGUCUAGAAUUAACGCCGACGAGGCAGGUUCGACAUCCGCCGCCUUCCGAACAGCCGAUCCCCGCGAUUCCGCAUCUUCGCGUGUAUCGAGGAUAUCGCUGUCUUCACUGCGACGACGGACUGAGCGUCAGCGAAGAGCGCACUCGACGUCACGUGACGAGCCGGCACGGGCCCGCCCCCUUUGGCGAAGGACCGCUCGACGAUCGAUACGAGACCUGUUGGUUACAAACCAUUUUCCGACCGGCCCGUCUCGUUCGAUACUUUCGCGUGACGCCGCGAGUGGACGAAGAAACGAGGCUCUCGAUUUCCCCCGAAUCGUCGUCGUCGUCGUCACAUGCCUUUCUCACUCGACAACGUCAAAUCCAUCAAGAGAUCAUCGCCGUCGAACGUCAACAGGCCGAUCUCGUGGUGGGAUCGCAGGGUCACCCGGCGGAUGUUCCUCUCUGGGUGCAGUCAUGCGGCUUUGCUCGUCACCUUCAAGGGUGUCGGAAGACGGAGCUUCGUGCUCUGUCGAAAAAACCGUCGACCGAGGCGACGACGAUAACGACGACGACGAGCGAGGCGGGUCUGAAUCAAAUUCGACAGGUGGUGGCCGAUCUGCUGAACGAGACGUGGCGAUGGUGUGGCUUUCGACCGGGAAUCGAAGCCGCGACCAAGAAUCAAUAUAUCGCGACCUGGCAAGGGGCGAUCACCUUUUUGUGGCGAACGGAAAUUCUCGAAGGUUGGCCCACCCGCUGUAUUGAGGAGGAGGGGAAGAAAAAAGAGAUGAUCGAUCGAGAAUUUUUUCGAUGCACGGACGAACAACGACGUCAUCUUCACGCGUGCGUCGACGCCGUUCAGCAGAAGAGAGAGGAUGAAACGAGUCUUCGCGAGCACGUCGCGGCUCUGAAUAUGGCGCUCAUUUGUCACCGUUUAUUCGGAUAUCGAUUCGAGUCGGCGUUGCUCGCCUUCUGUGCGACCCUGACGCCGCGCGCCUACACGGACGACUGGCACUCGGCGAGCGACUUCAAUCAUCAUCUGUCGGCCUUGAUCUACUGCGGUCAACUCUGGAUCUUUCGGCUCGUCUGUCAACGGGUCGACGAGGAUCCCCAGCUCGAUCCGGACGAGGAGUUGUCUCGACUGUGUCAGCAAUGGCUUCGUCAAGAGCGCAGUACGCCCUUCGGUCUCAUCUUGAACUGGCGACUCAUGCUCUUCGAGGUGGGACGGCGAGACGUGGCGCCGCGGUUGGCCACCUGGAGUCUCGAUAAUCAAGAGGUAUGCUAUCAAGGGACGACCAUAUCCAUGACCCAAGUCGGGCAGGUGCAUCGACAGGCGGUGACGGAGGCUCGACAGAUCUUGGAGCGGGACCUGCUGCUAGGGGCGGACCAUCUGGUGCGGAUGUCGGCGACGCAUCUGGCGGACGAAGCGCAUCGACGCGAGGUACAUUGGUGGUUCGCGCAGGAUCGACGCAACGAGCGGGUUCUUCAGGGUCAUCGCGAGGCGCUCUUGCAGCACACGGUCCGCACCCCCCUCCUCCACCAAACAUAUCUCGAGCGACAUUCGGACUCGAUCCGCUUUCGACCGGAGGCCAUCGGGCUCUACGCGGCGGCGAUGCAGGACUUUCUGCAACGAUGCUUUGCGGCGUUUCACCUCAGUGGACCGCCGCUUCGAGCGCGAGACGUGCUGGCCAUGACCUGGCGUAAUACGGAGCGGCCGCGGAGCAUCUACGUCCAGCACGGUCGCGUGAUGGUGUACGUCAAUCACCACAAGAGUCAAGGGCACUGGAACGGAUCUCAUGAUAACGUCCGCUUUCUGCCGGUGGAGUUGGGGGAUCGCCAUAGAGGGAAUUUCGACUAG